AUGGCAAAAAGGAAACAAGUUUUUCCGAUGGAAUUACAUGGUGUUGUAUGGCCAACCCAUAUCAUGGAGAGGCCAGAUUCUGAAUUCAAGGAAAAGUUGAUGCGUCUUCUCCGCAAACCAUUUAGCCAGGGAGAAUUUGAUACGCUGCUUGACAAGGCUAUGAUUCGCCCUCUGGCAACAAUGAAAAGGCAAACACGGGGUGGCGUGAAGUACUACAACUCUGAAAAUGAAAGGCAACCAUCAUAUUUUGAUGGUUACCCAGAACUUGCGAAACAAGUACGUGUAGAAAGCACCAGCAAACCCAACCAGUUAGCUCUGUUGCGUGGAUUUUUCUUCUGGAUGGAGCAAAGUACUAACAGCUACGGUGCAUCAGUGUGA